AUGAUGCUCCCUGAGAAUCCCCCUCGUCUCAUGAGCACUUCGAACCAGAUGCUCGCCUACGUCUUCGGCGCCGCAACGCUCCUGCUGGCUCUGCAUUGCUUCCUCCGCCCACGCCAGGAAUACGGGAGGUUCGGCCUCCCUCUCGAAAAUGCCCAGACCAACGCCAAGACACAGAGUCACUCGCCUUUCGUUUUCAUCAAGGGCUCCCGUGAGCUCACCUACGGCUUGACCCUCGUCGUGCUACAAUACCAGGGCAAUGUGAAUGCGAUCACAACGUUCGCUGCCAUUAUAUCACUCGCAGGACUGGUAGACGGGCUCGUGGUCUGGUUCAACGGUGGGCAGGAAUUCAGACACAAAGCAUUUGGGCACUGGCUCGCGUUUGUCGUGCUGGGGAGCUGGGCGGCGUGGAGAGCGCGCCAGGCCUGGCAGGACUCACAGGAGGGCAAGUGGCCGGAAGGUCAAUUCCAUAUCUGGAGUUCUUGA